AUGAUAAGCUCCACGCUUGCAUAUAAUGAUUCCUUUGGUUCGUUAGAGUAUAACUACUCAGUACAGCGACAAGCAUUGCAGGACGAAGAUCAUGCUUUUGCAGGAUAUCGACAAGUAUAUGACGAGAAUGAACAAAUCGUAUACAGCUAUCUUGAGUACUUAAAGUGGGAAGAAUUUCGCAGAACCCGUGAUGACUUUCCGCCUGCUAGACCUUUAAAACUUCAUAUUGAUGACAUCAAACAGUCAAAGAUUUACAAGCUUCUUAAAAAAUUCCCUAAAGGGGGAAACAUGCAUUUGCAUCACAAUCAUGUUGUCAGUAAAUCGAAGAUGCUUGAUUUGAUCUUUGCAAACCCUUUGUACGACAAUCUGUACGUUAAAACUGAUCCACCCAAACAAUGGAAUAUGGACUUUUUCUUGACUCCACCGGCAGGAUGGGUUAAAGUUAAAGAUAACUCUACGUACACAAAAGACAUUCUGGUUCAGCAUUCAACUUUUCUGGGAAUAAUCGACGAUAAAGCAAUAAAUGAUCCUACAGACAGUGGACUUCGAUGGAAAGAAAUUGGUCCAUUGUUCAGCGUAAUAGGUUCACAUAUUAUCAAUAAUGCAAAUUUUACCAAAUUAUACGUAGAUGCCAUGCUUCAAGCAGCAAUCGAUGAAAACGUGCAAUAUCUUGAAGCAAAGUCGUCAGCCUACAAUAAGCUUUAUGUGCUGGAUCGAGAUACAAAAUAUGCACCAAGAAACGGAAAACACUUCAUUGACAAUAAUGACGGAGAGCUAGAAUUGAAAAUGGUCGAGGAAGUUGUUCAACAAUUUAAAGAAAGCCAUCCCAACUUUAUUGGUUACAAAAGAAUAAUUAACUCAUAUCGUGGCAGGAAAAUAAAUUAUGUUGGACAAGACGUGCAGAAGGCCUUGAGGUUGUAUAAAAAAUAUCCAAACUUAGUGUCUGGGUUUGAUCUCGUGUCUGAGGAAGAUAGGGGCUAUUCUCUUUUGUUUUUCCUUGAAGACUUUUCCAAGAUAUCAGUUCAGAACUUAACGUUACCAUACUUUUUUCACGUAGGAGAAACAAACUGGCCAGACGAUCUUAUGACAUCUCUUCGCGAUGAUGAUCCUGUUCCAACAAUGGACAAUCUAUACGACGCAAUCAUUCUAGGUGCAAAAAGAGUUGGUCAUGGAAUAGGAUACGUAAAACAUCCAUAUCUCAUGGAAGUUCUUAAAAAGAAAAAAAUUGCAGUAGAGGUCAAUCCAAUCAGCAACAAAAUGUUGGGAUAUGUUGCAGAUCAGCGGCGCCAUCCAGCUAUCACUUAUCUUAAGUAUGGAAUACCUGUUAUAUUAGGUUCAGACGAUCCCGGUACUUUUGGCUAUAAUGAAUUUACCGUCGAUUGGUAUGAGGCUUUCAUGAGUUGGGGACUUACUCUGGCAGAUCUUCGACAUCUAGCACUUAAUUCGCUACAGUACAGUUCACUUUCAAGUUCAGAGAAAAUCACAGCGAUACAAAAAUGGAAUAAAUUAUAUAAUGAAUUUAUCAUCAGCACAAAAGGAAGUGCUUGUUCGGAAACCUUUCAAAACACUGUGCCACAAGUUUUCAGAAUUUUUCCACAAGAAGGUAAAGUGACAGGGGGAACCAACAUCCAGGUUUUUGGGAGGAAUUUUCAAGUUGCAAUUUGCCAAAUAAUAAUUUGUCGCUUUGGUAAUAUCACAACAAAAGGAAGAUUUGUAUACAACAACAGAAUUAUUUGCAUAUCUCCAAAUCAGUCCCAAACCAUUAAUGGGGUAACUUCUAACAACGUACCGUUUACCGUUUCGCUGGAUGGAGGCCAUACUUUCUUGUCGAAGACUUUUACCUUUUCAUAUCUACAACGUCAUCAUGUUUCAAUUACAGAUCACGGUAUUGGAAAAUGA